UAUGGUGUUAUGGAUGAUUGUCUAUGCAGUCGCACGUCUCUGUGCUGGAUGAAACCGAAAAAUACAACUUCAAAUGGUCAUUCAGAAGCUCGCAAAGAAUACUUUAUUGUGAUAUAACCAAAUAUGAAUAAGUGCUAGGAGUCGACGUUUCCAAGCUAUAUUGGAAAUCGCAGGUCUAUCAUAACACCUAAUAAUUAAUUGCGUUUAUUUCUUUUCACACACUUUCAAGUUGCCUUCUAUUUAUCACCCGAUGGAUGCACUGUGGCAUACUGGAUGUGAAAGAACAAACUUCAUUAUUUUGAGGUUAAGGGUGCACAGUUUCAACUAGUAACCCAGCUUGCUGAGGCAUAGUACUUCAUACAUACAGCAAACAUUCCAAAGUUGUUAACCGGUAACCCGAACUUCGACAUUCCUUCAAUAAUGAAGAGAAAUAAGAUCAGGGGUAACGCUGAUAAAAAGUUUAUUCCAGCCAAACAGAUGUUCAGGAAAAUUAUACAGUUAAUGAGAAUCGUUGGGAUUUAUCUACCAGAAGAACGCAGAUCGUGGAAGAGAAUUUCUUAUUGGGGCUAUAUGAUUAUUCUUGCUAUUUUCAAUCUAAUGUCAUUAGUUAGACAGCUAUGGGUGGUGGUGCAUUCCAUGAAUGUUACAUGUUAUAUUGUUUCUGUGGGCAUACUAAUUUAUCAUACAGGUAUAGCAUAUUUUUACAUGAGAGCUUGUUAUAGAAUCAUGAAACAUUUCGCUUUAUUGAUGAAAAUAUUAGACAACUAUCGAUCAUGCUUUGGGGAGUUCUGCCGAGUUUCACAAAUAAUUAAGCUUAUCCGAUUCACUGAAGUUGUCGUUUGUGUAGUGACGCCAUUAAUGGCAGUUUCGGCUGUAUAUUAUUCAUUUGACUCGUCGAUUCUGAGAGAGAUUGCAGGCAUAUUUUGGCCCUUCAACCACAACACGCCAUUAAAUUCCCUGUUGGGUAUUUUAUUCUUCGGCUUUGAGAGCCUGCGCUCGUCUGGGUUGCAGUUAGUGCUGAGUGUUAUCUUCUUUCUAAUUUGGUACAUCCUUAUAACGGAAUUUGGCGACAUUGACAGAGCAAUAAAAGAAUUAAUAUUAAAGAGGUCUGAACCAAACAAUCCUAAAAUCAUAAAUGUCCAGGAAUUAGCUAAAGAUUUGGCACAGAAGAAUGUAAACGUGGACAGCUGUGAAGAACCUAGAAUUUCCAACUCUCAAGACAGAACAGAUAAAUAUUUGAAAAAACUGCAAGAUGAAACUACUGAUUAUUUGACUUAUUUUCACAAACAAUCGGAAGAGGAACUGGAGACUAUAAGAAACCGCUUUGAAGGUUUACUGGAUAUUUUAGCUGCAGCUAACGAUGUACUGGAGCACUUUAUUGUUUCCUUAUAUUUCACAUCUCUUCCCGUUAUUUUCUUGCUGGUGUAUGGAAUCAUAAAGGAUAGUGCCAAUACACCCAUGCUGAUGAUCAUAUGUGCUAUAUCCAUGUAUAACUCUUCAUCUCUUUUGUGGAAUCUUUUAGCUGGGGCCUAUCUAAGUCUAAAGAUAAAGAAACCUCUUGAAUACGUGAUGAAAAUUAACAUGAAGAAUUCUUCAGUCAAUUUAUUGUCCACGGUUUCGUUGUUAACAGCUAGAUUGAAUUCAUCACCUAUUGGAUUUACUGUGUGUGACGUGGUCACUAUAGACACUACAACUAUGUUUACGAUAUUUGGCACCUUGUUAACCUAUGCUAUAGUAAUUUUUCAAUUUGCCCAGACUGCGGAUACCAGUGCUCCUAAUUACCUAAAUGCUACAUUCGUCCAGUGAAACUACUGUUGUUGUUUUGUUAUUAUCAAUAGCACACCCCAUUCCUCCAUUUCCUGGAAGACUUCGGCUAAUUUUCGGAUAUUUAAACUGCCAGUUGUAAAUACUAUUCACCCCAUUAUUGAUGACCGACAACCCACUUUAGUUUUUUCUUUUCUUUUUUGUUUUGGUUAUUAGUAUUAUUUAGCUUAAAUGUUCAACCUACAACCCUUUAAUAGACUCUCACUUUCACCGAAAACAAUUAACUACCAUAAUGAUAUUUAUUAGAAUUUUGGUUGUUUUCGUCUACUUUAGACUGAAUACUUUGAUGAUUAUAUGUAAUAAUAUCGAGUCAAAUAUCAUUUAAACCAAGUUAUUAAAUCCAUCUACCAUUUAUUCGAUAAUG